AUGGCCAAGCAAAUUAAAGUUUCUGCUGCUCCCAAUUUAGCCUCCGCUUAUGACCUAGUUUUGGCUGAUUUAUUUACUAAAUUAACCAAGUUAAAAGAAGGAGUGAUUAAGUUAGGACCAUUAGGAACUCUCCACAAAAAACAACGCAUAAUGCAUAGUGCCUUAAAUGGUCGGACUUAUGCUUACUAUCAGGUCGAUAAAGAAAAUAAAUAUUUGAAACUAUUGCCUGUCAUCGGUGGAGGUGCUUAUGCUCUCAACUUUGAAUCUAAUCCGCAAAAUCAACCCAAUAAUCAGUCUUCGGGACUAAUGCAACUAGUCGGAGCGGUUUUACCCGCUUUACUCGAACAUUUUACUGGACAAAAGAUGACCGCGGGUGGUCCAGGUCCAGAGAUGCAAUUAGUUUUCUCCCAAAUCCUCAGUAUCCAACAGCAAAUUUUAACUAAUCAACAAGCCUUUAACCAAAGACUAAUUGCCUUAGAAAGUAGUGCUUCCCAGCAACUAACUAACCUUUCUCAGCAAGUCCAAAGCAUCAAAUCCAUUCGUCUCUCCCAAGAGAAAAAACAAAUUGACUUCAAUUUACAGCAAGAAAAUCCAGAAUAA